CAAAACGCUCAACAUGGGCCCCUACAGGGACUGUAACGAAUCGUUCCCAGAUUUUCCACCUCACAUACCACCGAUGCCCCAUCAUGGUCACCAUUUCCCUCGUCCUUGCCCCCCAAACCUCUACUACUCCCACACGUACUACAGGUAUGCCGCUAUUGCGGUGUUGACUUGUGGCUUCAUCGCUUUGUUGGUCAUCUUCUGGAAGUGCUGCAGAAGUAAAGGAGAUGGAAGAGUGAUAGCACAGCCGCCACCACAGGAGCCUGUUAAGCCGUCUCCACCUCCAUACAACCCUAACGACUACGACAAUCCCCCGCCGUAUAAUGCCUGUGUCCCGGAAGAACUUCAUCAACAACAAUAUGGAGCAGCAAGUCAGCAGAUGUCAGAUCCAAACUGCUUCGCUGCCACGGCACCGCCACCCAAGUACUUUCCACCAGCUCCAACGCAUGUCGUGAAUAUUCCAGAAAAUACAGCUAGAUAUUAGUUUUGUGUCAUAAUGUGUAACCUAAAUUAUUAAGAAGUAGAUAUAGCUUACCUUAAAAGAUUAUAAGCAUCACGGUUGGGUUAAAAAUUUAACAAGGUGCACGUUGUUCAAAUAUCAUCAUUUGUAAAUCAUCCUUCAAAUAUCAUAAUUUGUAAAUCAUCUUUCAACUAUGAUUAUGCAUCUUUCUGAAUUUUUCACUCGGCAGUACUAAGUACUGAAAAUUUUUUUAAUAAAACAAUAUCUCAUCACCUGAUCUGUUACAUAAAACCAGAGUAAAAUUCGAAAUUAUUUUAGAAAUACAUAUACUUAGGUGUA